AAAGGUUAAGAUAAUAAAUAUCAUAGAGAAAUGUCGACUUUAAGAACAGAACAACAACUGCAGGAACCACUUGACUUAAUUCGUUUCCAAUUAGAUGAGUUUGUGUUGGUUAAAUUAAGAGGAGCUAGAGAAAUGAAAGGUAGACUUCAAGGGUAUGAUUCCCAUUGUAAUAUGGUAUUAAGUGAAGCACAAGAAUUUAUAUUUUCAGAGAAGGAUGUUGAACCAAUAGUCAAAAAGACAGAAAUGGUAUUUGUUAGAGGUGAUUCUGUUAUAUUGGUGAGUCCAUCUACUGAAUAGAUUAACCAAACCAGUUAAUUUCAUGUAUAGAGUCAUUAUUCAAAAUUCAUAAAUCAUAAUUCAUCAUUGUACUAUAGUGUAUACAC